CUCAAAUUUUUUGGACUUUUUCUUAAAAUCGAGGAACUUUUUCUGGAAAUUUGAUAAAUGUUUAUUCAAAUUCGAUGAAAAUUUUCAAAUUCAUGGACCUUUUUUUCUGGAAAAUCCAUGAACUUUUUUUGAUUUUGUUUUUUCAAUUUAUGAACUUUUCUUAUAUCUGAACUUAAAAAAUCCAUGAACUUUUUCCAAAUCGAUGAACUUUUUUUCAAAUCUGUGAACCUUUUUCUUGAAAAAAGGUGCAUGUUGAGAGACCUGGUAUCAACUUCUUAAGAAUGUAAGAUGUAAGAUGUGUCUGGUGCAUUGGUAAGGGUGUUACACAUCGACCUUCGUACUAAAUAAUGUACCCACACAACCACUUAUCAUUUAUCAGAGUUUUUUUAAACUGGAUAUUCAACAGAAUUUGGCCCCUAGAAUGGUGCAACGUAAUUUUCUUUGCACUGAAUAAUAUUAUAAAGAGAAAGGUACUGAAAAGCUAGAGGGGUGUCCUCAAGUCAUGUAUCCUCCCAAAAACAAGUUGCUCGACCUUCCCUAUAUGACGAGGUCGCAAGGAGAGUACACAAGCACCCCUUAGUUGGCGUCGGGCCCUUGGCACAACAUAAUUGCCAGCGAGCGAUCUGCUACUCUAUGUUGCUUUAUCGCUGGAAAUGCUAAAUCUCGCUCAUUAUGAGAUCGUAGCAACUCUUGUCUACAUAGUUCGCACGGUGAGCCACAAACGGGAGGAAACGCCCCCCCUCCCCUGCGGGCAUUUCCUAUUUUUCUGUGUUUUUUCUUUAUCGAUUUCCUUUCGGGUUUUUUCCUAUUCGUUUUUAAUGUUUUCUAUUUUCAGCCCAAUAUAAAUUAGAUUAAGAACUUUAGCCCAAUAAGAAACGGUCCAAACAGAGGCUGAUUCCGGCCCAAGUCUACUCACGCUGGGAUCUGGCCUGGUGAGCCCAGCUCGAUAUCAGUAGAGCCCUCGCGAGAGUGAGAGAGGGGUCGACCGAACCCCUAAUCCCCCCAAUCCCCAACCUCGAAUGCCGCCGCCGUCGCCGUCAAUGGAUGAGCUGCGUCGGCCGCCCGAGUUCGACCACAUGUUCUCGGACGAGGCGUGGGCCAGCAUGACUCAGGACACGCGGCGCCGGAUCGUCGACAUCUCGUGCCGGGAGGUACCAGAGCCCACCCAAGAGGAACGCCGCAUGCAUCAACUCAUCGCCGGCGCCGGCGGGCCCUGCAGCGUAUUCACCGAUGCCGUUGCCGUCGCUGAGGUACUGGAUUUCGCGGACAGACAUCACCAGGAGGCGGAGCGAGAGGACUGGGAGGCGGUGGUGCAAGGGCGGCAUUACGCCGACGAAUGCGCAGAUGGCGAUAAGGACGACAAGACCACGACGAAGACGACGACGGCGCAGACCGUGGACCCCCGGCGGCCGAACCACCAUAUCUCCGAACAAACAUUGUCCAGGGAUAUACAGAAAUCAAAGGCUUUUCUGUGGACUCGAUACCACCAGCUACACCUCCUACACGGCUACACCGACCCUCACCAGCUCGGCCGGGUCCGAUGAGAUACGCUUCGUGUGAAUUUGGUGGUGAUGACAGAUGCCCACACAACCCUGUCCCUGUGCUACAGUUCCUUGAUGUCAUGGUCGAGCUGUAUACGAAAUCUUACUGUUUUGUCAAGUUUAUGCGUGACAAUAUGGUACAAUCAAAUAAUAUCGAGGUCUAUGGCGUGAUCGCAGUAAGGGAUCACCUGGAUUUCUCGCGCAACUACAUUUUCCAUUGCUCUAGAGAGAAUGCACAAGCAAUUGACCCAAAAGGUGGCUAUUUAUGCCUGAGGAAUCCUGCAAGAGGAAUACUCGCAACAUGCUGCUUGAUCGAAAUUGACAUAAAGGCGAAGGCCAAGGUGGUUGAUGAAGACUUGAGUAUUGUCUCCGGUUGCCUGAAAGCAUGCGAACAGUUUGACCCGUGGAGACUGAACCAUGUCGAUGAUAUCAACGGCAAGAUUACACUGGAAACAUGUGUUGUUCCUAGAGGCAUGGAGGCUACUAUAGACCUGGAUUUUGUGGAGGUGCCUGCAGAUGGCUUUCUUGUGCGCAUGCGUGGCAACACUGUCCUUUCCCAAGGCUCCUACUCCUUCACUGAUGAGCACUGCCCGUGACACAGUGGGUUUUAUACCAUCCAGCCGUGAAUCUAGGGGACACGCUGCGGAUAGACUUCAUGGAGGAGGGCCAAGACGCGCUUUCGUUUGUGGCGUCCAAGCAUGACGAAGAGGAGCAAAUGUAUCGGUUUAGCAAUGGAGCGUUGGUCUCGGUGCGAGUUGUGUGGUCAACCAUAUUAAGUGUAGACGACUAUGAAGAAUGAUCAGCGGCGCCCAGUUUUCAAAGUCAUCUCCUUUGUCGGUGUUGGAGUAGCCUGAGUUAUCUUUUUCUUUGUGAAACUUGCCCAAAACAGUCUGCCUAUGAAUUUCUGAAAUUAUAAAAAAACUUAAGCCAGACAUAUAAUUGAAAUGUUUUUCAUAAAUGAAUUAUGUUUUGCGCUCUUA